UCGCGCGACUCCUACCUUAAAAGUAUUGGUGAAGGUGAGCUACCGCCAGCCACCAGAAGCUCGAGGAAUGUGUGCUUCUAUCGAGAACGUCUCUAUGAAGCAAUGACUCGUCGAUAGUCAUGCUGCAGUAAGCCUCCAGUAUGGAGAGUAUUAAAGUGUUCUGAGGGGAGCCAGUUUUCCACGGUUUCUACGUGCGACUCGGUCGGGUCAUAUCAAAGUUUCGGAUCGACGUGAUUUCAUUCUGUCAAGGAUACCUCGGUCGGUCCGAAUUCAAAAGCUUUUGGAAUAACCCUAAAACAGCUCUUUUGCAUGCCUAUACGGGACGUGUCGAUAAUAAACGCCUUGAAUUCGUCGUAUGAGAAAAGUACGGCGGUUUACCUUUCAACGUACGAUGACGAGAGAAAUCGAAAUUGUAUUCAGCACCGACGACGAAAGCGAGAGUAACGAUUGCGCGGACUUUUCCACAAUACCCAGCAAAACAAGGAAGUUUUCGUCGGACGAGGACUGCGAGGCGGAAGCAGGCAACGAACCGCGCGAGUUACCGGCAACCGGCUCGGCCGCGUUGAGUUACGACGAUGCGAGCUCGAUGAACGUUUCGUCGUCGACUUCGCCUCUCAACCGCAUGGAAAAAAAAACUAAACGAAAGCCUCCGCGACCAAGGCAAAAGCAAUUUGCGAUCGGCAAACGAACGCGCGUACAAAAGCCUUGUGCAAAUGCGGUUACGAAAGAUGAGGAAAAAAUUGAGACGAGUGUUCGGCGUUAUUGUACCGCCGAUGAAAUGGUCCGCGCGGCCUGUCUCAAUAUACAAAAUUACCAAGAUUUAGCGUUGUGCGAAUGGAGCGAAUUAGUGUUACUGCAUCUGGCCCAUUCUCCCAGCGUCGAUGCACCAUCGGAAUUGACGUGGCAUCAGGUACAGUCCAUUUGUCACAACUACGAGUGGAGUGUCCGCGUGUCGAGUGCCAUGAAAGAUCAUUUGCCGGGAGUGGUAACGUUGCUCGGUUUGCUCAGUACCAACCGGCGUGAGAAACAGCGUUGCGGCGCACUCUUGCCCGACGAUAAACGUAUGUUCUUUACCGAACCGACCAUCGACAAAGCAUGCCUCAACAAAUAUCUUCCAGCUGUCCGAGCAAUUACAAACGCCCCGAGUUUAUUGCGCCUCAAUCAAAAUAAAAAGUAGAAAACUGAGCGAAGACGAUCCCGACGAUCACGAAAAGGAUCGCCGAUAGAGAUCGUUUUAAUAAUGUGCCCGAGCAAUAUCAGCGAACACUUGUGACCGACGGUGUGUGCUAUACGAAAAUUAACCUCUCAUCUUUCGUAUCACGAUUCCCUGUUGAAUAUAUUUUU